GGGACUGGGCGAGAUUAUCUCUUCUUCUUCUUCUUCCUCUUGAGAAAUCGUCGUCUUCAUCCAGCACUCCUCGAAAUCACUCCACCACCAGAUCUUCCCACCAUGCCCAAGUGGCCCAGCUGGCUCGGGUCCAACGACCGCGACCGACACUCCAACAUCCACGACGAACUCCACCGUCUCCUCCCCUCUCACAACGACCACGUCAUCACCUCCGCCAUUCCCGCCAAAGAAGUCACCCUCGUCGCCCUCCGCCUGAAAUACCAGCUCGAAGCCGUCAUCCCCUGCGAACUCCCCGAAGAUCGCAUCACCCGCCCUCACAGCGAUGUCAUCACCGACGCUGUGGUCAAGACGGCCAAGUCGGCCGGGAAAGUCAGUGGAUCCGACGACGACCAUGCGAGUUGUGUGGUGUACUGUCUCUUGAUCUGCAAGAAUUGGUUCAAGAGGCAGGCUAUGCUGGAGUUGUGGGAUGCGGAUCUGCAUGAGCUGAGAGCAACGGCUUGCGAGGUGGUGGCUAAGCAUAUUAUUGAGGAGGAGGAGAACUUGAAUUAUCUCAUGCAGGACUUGCUGUUGAAGAGGUAUAGCAUUGUGGUGGACGGAGAGGAUACCAAGCCCGCCAAUGCGAUUGAGAAGGCGGUGGAUAUGCAUGCGGUCAGAGUGAUUGGAAGCUCGGGAUAUCAAAAGUGCAUUGCGCAUCUCUGGCGUGGUUGGCUGGUGCAGGACGAUUCGGACCCGUCUCGCUUUACGGACUACAAGCUGAAGACGUCCACCAACUACUGGGACCACUUCGACCCGGAUCGCAUGCGAGUGCCGCAGUAUCAAAACGCCGUGCAAGUCGUCAUCUCGAUCGUCUACCUGGCCUUGUACACCGGAGCCAUCAACAGCAUCAACCCCGAGGGAGAUCUCGACAUCGUAGAAGGGCUGCUCUACAUCUUCACUCUUGGCUUCAUCUGCGAUGAAGCUACCAAAUUCUUCAAGAUCGGCCGCUUCUACUUUGGCUUCUGGAACAUCUUCAAUUCGACGUUGUACUCCCUUCUGACCAUCUCCUUCAUCCUCCGCAUGAUCGCUCUCGCUCAUCCCCAGGAUACCAACGACCGCGACCGCUUCAACGCCCUCUCCUACAACUUCCUCGCCUUCUCCGCCCCCAUGUUCUGGAUGCGGCUGAUGCUGUACCUUGACUCCCUCCGCUUCUUCGGCGCUAUGCUCGUCGUGUUGAAAGUCAUGAUGAAGGAGUCCCUCAUCUUUUUCGCGCUCCUCAUCGUCGUCCUCAUCGGUUUCUUCCAAGCUUUCAUCGGCUUCGAUCAGGUCGACAACUCCAUCGACGCGACCAACUUCAUCACGAAAAAUAUGCUCAACGCCAUCAUGGGCGCCGCGGAAUUCGACGGGUGGGACAAUUUCGCUCCCCCGUUUGGCUUGAUCCUCUACUACAUUUACAACUUUGUUAUUGUGGUCAUCCUGCUCAACAUCCUCGUGGCACUGUACAAUUCCGCGUACGAGGACAUCACCGGCAACGCAAUCGACGAGUACCUCGCCCUGUACGCCCAGAAAACAAUGCAAUUUGUCCGCGCGCCGGAUGAGAACGUGUACAUCGCACCCUUCAACUUGGUGGAAAUCGUGUUCCUCGUGUUGCCAUUCGAGUGGUGGAUGCCAUCGCAUCGAUACGAGCAGCUCAACGAUGCGGUCAUGGGGAUUGUGUACUCUCCCGUGCUAGUUCUCACCGCUCUUCUGGAAACGAGGACUGCGAGAAUGGUCAAGUUCAAUCGCAGCAGGAAUGAAAGUGAUGAUGAUACGGUUGAGGAGUGGGAGCAAUUGGAACAGGAAAUGGAUGUGGAGGGGAAUGGCUGGGCGAAGAGAGUGGAGGAGAGUUCGCCGAAUGUGGUUGUUGACGGGACGCUGGUUGAGGUGAGGAAGUUGAUGGAAGAGGUGAAGGAGUUGAAGAGGUUUGUUAGGGAGAUGACGCCGGGGCCGGAGGGGUCGAAGUAG